AUGGCUGAAACCCGUUUUCCAGACUUCACCAAUGGGGAGAUGAAGUUGGGUGACGAGAGGCAGGUUUUUGCAAAAUCAGUGGUGGAUGCUGCCAUUCAGGUCUAUGUGAACGGCAGGGUGAAUGACUAUUUGCCUGUGAGACUGAUGGGCCAGUGGUUGCGUGGAGUGGACCGUCUUCUUCCAGAUUCCACACUCUCGUGGCCGGACCGGCACCGCUUGAUCGCAGAGCUCUUGUACCUCUCUGGAAUGAGAUUGGGCGGACUCCCCAUCAAAGCGAUGCAGUUCGUCGGUCUCAGAGACGACCUGCCCGAUGGCUAUCAGCAGUGGUUCAGCAAGGCACAGGAAGACAACAAACUUCGAAGUCCAGCUGACCACGUGCAGAAGACCCUGGCAGUUUUUGGACCAAACCUUACAUGGAGUUAUGAGCCCUUGAAGUCUGCUUCGAUUGCACAAGUACAUCUGGAUGUGACCUGGGAAAGGCGAGCUGCUGUUGCCAAGGUGCAGCAUCCACACGUCAAGGAUCAGUACUUGGCUGAUUUGGACACCAUGAAGUACCUGGGCGAAUACGUGAACCACCACGAUGAGGCGAAAGGGGCCGCCGUGAUGCUUGGAGCCUUGGCGGAGAAGUUGAGGCCUACGGUUGUUGCAGAGACAGACUUCACCAAAGAAGCGGAGAACCAACGCAAGUUGCGAGAGUUUUUGCAGGGCAUUGCCACUGUCCCAGAGGUCUUCGCAGCAACUACGACUGCAUUGGUGAUGGAACGUGUGAAUGGCAUGACAGCAGCUCAGGUCACCCAGGCAUGGAAGGAUGGUGAGAAGCUGGAUCAUUUUGGCCCUCGUCAACGGCGCAAUUUGUACAGCAUCUAUGCCCGGAUGGUGAGUGGUGGGCGGUUUCAGGCCGAUCCCCACCCUGGCAACAUCAUGUCUCCCAAUGAAGGAGCAGACGCAAUCGGCCUACUGGAUUUUGGCCAGUGCUGUGAAGUCACUCCCCAGCAGAAGAAUCUGUUCCAUGCGUUUGCCGUCGGAGCCCCUACUUCCGAGUUUGAGGCCAACAACCAAGAGCGCAACUUGGAAUGGUUGAAAAGUCUUGGCAUCGAGGUUCACACCCCAGAACAGGCGCAGGCUACUGCGAACUUGCUUUUCUUUGGGCAGAAGAGCCCGAUGUUCCCGGACACCAAAGCUAUUGACCCGGAGCUCACACCGUUGCUGCUCUUGGUCUUGUAUCUGAGCCGCUUUGAAAACAAAGUGGUGGAACUGCGCAAAGCUGUUGGUUUUGAGGAUGAAGCCAACUCUUUUGCAGUCCUGAUGGCCUUCCGCAACCAGAUUGCCGUCAAUUUAUAG